AUGGCGCCAACCACGGCAAAGGUACUCUCCGUGCUGUUGCUAUUAGCGAUCGGUGGUGCGGAGUGUAAUCCUUUUUUCGGCAAUAAUUAUGUGCUGCCGCAAGGCGCACGACUCGCGAAUGCCGCAAACGCGGUGGUACGCAAUCUGGACGCGGCCCAAACGCAGGUUCGUGCGUAUUUGGUCAAUCCCACAUCGUCGCGGUUUCUGAACGCUGGAGCUACGGCAUUGCGAGAGUACGUCGGCAAUACGACGCUGCUGAUGGGACAGAUGUUUCGCGAGGUGGCACAGGUUGCAGUGGAUCGUGCUACAGCACCGGCCGUGGUCUUCACCAGGCUAACGCUCGCCGUACAAGGUGUGUCCGAGUGGAAUCGCAACGUAUCCCAAUCGCUGGACGUGUUCAAGCAGGUGUUCAACUACGGGGACAAUUCCAACACGGCCAGCUACAUGGAGUCGUUGAGGAAUUCGUUCGCCAAGAACGUACAGGAACUGUCGGAGGUGUUGGGGCGUUUGGGUGAUGCAAUUGUGCCGAUUGCUGGACAACAACUGAACACGCAACAAUUCUUGGAAGUAGCAUCGGCGAACGGAACGCUCCAGCAGCUUCAGGAUGUGGUGGAAUCGGUCGUGCGUCUGUCGUCUGACUAUACCGCGAGUGUAACCAAGCUAGUGGCAGCAGUUCGUACGGCCAACGACUUCCAGUCACGAGCGUACACGUUGCUGCGUACUAACCAGGCGUCGAUCAACACCAAUGUGGAUCGUUACAGCAGUGCUUCGAACACAUCCUUCUACCGUUUCCUAACCGCGGCCGAUUCUCUGUUAACUCAUCUGAAAGACACGAACGAAAGCUUCGUCUUCCGUUGGCCGCUUCUCUUCAGCCCGGCCGUGCAGGAGAAGCUUAAUCUGCUCAACCAAUCGAUCGAUCAUCUGACCUGGAACUUGGUGCAGCGUACCGCUACCGUGGCUCAGAAUUUACAGCGCACAAGCGCACUCUUCAAAGAGGGCGACAAUCCACUGAGCUACGUGCGCGAUGAAGCCGACCUGUACACGCGCGUCAUGCUGGACGUUCUGUACGGUGAAAACUUCUGUGCCACCGGAUUCCUGGCGUCGUUUAACGCUUUACCGGUACAGGUGACGGCGCUCGUAACCGGAUGUCUAACUGAGCAGACGAACCUGGAGAGUCAAGGUGCGACGCAGCUCGUAUCGCUAGCGACCAGUUUCCUGCGGCCGUACGUUACUGCCAACUACGGACGACUAAACAUUUGUUUCCAGCAGCCGUUCGAUAAGAUGACGGAAUGUUUGGAGAAUAUUGUUGAGACCAUCGACUUCAGGGGAAAGUUCUUCCUGCUCGACCUAGCCAGCCAACUGUACUUCGAACAGGUACAACAGGAGCUUCCCUCCUGUAACGAUCGCCUGCUGGAGUUUGUUCGGAACUCUGGACUUCGCGAGGCUUGCCAGAUCCCGGGCAACGCCACGUAG